AUGCUGGCGAGGGCCGGGCGGCACUGCGGGCAGGGGCUCCGGGUCGAUGAGGGGAAGCAGGCGGCGGCUCUCGGCCUGGCCGACUGCCCCUUGGCCGGGCUGAGGAAGGGUCGCCGCCUGAGGGGCGGGGAGGCGGCCGUGGCAGCCGGGAGCCUGCGCCAGGACGUGCCGGGACGUGCCCGCUUCGGUGGCCAGCGAAGAUGCUGGAUAGUUUCCUUUGAAAAAGUCUCAUUCUGCAACAUUUUUGAAAAAAUAAAUCAAAGUUCCAAUGGUCCUGUAAAGAAGUCCAUGCGUGAGAAGGCUGUCGAGAGAAGGAACGUCAAUAAGGAGCACAAUAGUAAUUUCAAAGCUGGAUAUAUUCCAAUUGAUGAAGAUCGCCUCCAUAAAACGGGAUUGAGAGGGAGAAAGGGCAAUUUAGCCAUCUGUGUCAUUAUCCUCUUGUUUAUCCUGGCUGUCAUCAAUUUAAUUAUAACACUUGUUAUCUGGGCUGUGAUUCGCAUCGGACCAAAUGGCUGCGACAGCAUGGAGUUUCAUGAAAGUGGCCUGCUUCGGUUUAAGCAAGUGUCUGACAUGGGAGUUAUACAUCCUCUUUAUAAGAGCACCGUAGGAGGAAGGCGAAAUGAAAACUUGGUUAUCACUGGCAACAACCAGCCUAUUGUUUUUCAGCAAGGGACAACAAAGCUCAGUGUAGAAAAGAACAAAACCUCUAUUACAAGUGACAUUGGUAUGCAGUUUUUUGACCCAAGGACUCAGAAUAUCUUAUUCAGCACAGACUAUGAAACUCACGAGUUUCAUUUGCCAAGUGGAGUGAAAAGUCUGAAUGUUCAAAAAGCAUCUACUGAAAGGAUUACCAGCAAUGCUACUAGUGACUUAAAUAUAAAAGUUGAUGGGCGUGCUAUCGUGCGUGGAAAUGAAGGUGUAUUCAUUAUGGGCAAAACCAUUGAAUUUCACAUGGGUGGUAAUAUGGAGUUAAAGGCAGAAAACAGCAUCAUCCUAAAUGGAACUGUGAUGGUUAGCACAAGUCGCCUACCUGGUUCCUCCAGUGGAGACCAGUUUGGGACUGGCGAGUGGGUGCGGUACAAGCUCUGUGUGUGUGCAGAUGGAACGCUCUUCAGGGUACAAGUAACAGGCCAGAACAUGGGCUGCCAGAUCUCAGACAACCCCUGUGGAGACACUCGCUAGAGGAACCCGGGACUUCAGCCGUGUGUUCAAAGCCUGACUUGACUGCUUUUAAGAGUGUGCAUGCAAGUCAUGUUUUUAGAGAGUUUGCAAUAACUCUCAUUUUAUCUACAGAGCACUACUGUAUCUAUUAUAUAAUCUCCAUAUUUAAAAGAGCUCUCAGAGAGCCUAAAUUUUAAUACAUUUCGUUAAGUUGCACUGAUCUUCAAAUUACAGUUCUAAAGUAAUUAUCAGAAGUGAAUACAAGCAAAAUUAAUCUUUAAAGAAGUGUUUUUGAAAUCCUGCUGUUCCUUGUCUAAAGGAUAAAGGGCUGAAGCAACUGUUUAGACUUGCUAUAAGUAAAUUUUGGUACCUAAUGGAGAUACACGCACUUAAGAUGUUUGAAAGGUACUCCAUUAAUAAAUGUUACAUGCUCCGUCUUUGGGCUUCUAAGAGAAAAGACAGAUUUUUAGUGCAUUAAUUUUCAGCUGUAUUCUCAGUGCCAGUGGAGUCAUUAAAGAACUUCACAUAUGUGAGCUGGUAAGAAACUAUGGUUUCUUAGUUUUGCACUAGGAUGAAAAUACUCUAAUAGAAUAGAAUUUACUUUAAUAGAAUUUACUUGUUAAAUAUUGAUGAGUACGAAGUGUUCACAAUGUGGUAGAAAUUGAAACACCAUCCCAGCUUCAACUGUUAAAUCCUGACGACAGCUGAGCAUCUGACACAUCCUAGGCACUGUCCCAGGUGCUGCAUCUGUAACGUCACUGAUUCUCACCACAGCUCUGGAUGUAGGUGUUACUAUCCCAGUGUUUCCCCUUAGGAAACUGAGGAUCGGAGAAGUUAAGAAACUUACCUAAUGUCACAUAGGAAAUAGCUGGCCGGGUUGGGAUUGGAACUUGCAUGUGAUUCAAACCUAAAUGUACCUGCUUCCAAAUACUGUGUUCUUUUUACUAUCUGCACAGAAGUCUUAAUAUUUAAAAGUCUAGAAAAAUGAACAGAGACUAAUUCAAACUUACCUAAGCAGAUAAGAAUCAAAUAAAACAGCCAUGCUUACUCUAGUUAAAAAAAAAAAAUCAGUCAGUCUCAUGUCAAAAAAAAAAAAA